AUGCCUCAGAAACCAAUCAAGCAGGGAUAUAAGGUCUUUGGACUAGGAGAACAGGGCUAUCUUUGGACUUUCUCCAUGUCUAAUGAUAAUCUCCGCAUAAUAUUUAUACAGAGCUCCGCGGCUCCUGCAGCUCAGAGCUCCGCGGCUCUGAGCUCUCUACAGCACUCUGAGCAGCAUCUAGAGUUGAAUAACAGCAAAGAGGUUGCUGGCUACUCAAUUUACAUGGACAACUACUUCACCUCUGUUGCUCUAUUCCAUUAUCUUCGAAAGCAAGGAAUUGGAGCUUGUGGAACCACCCGUCCUGCCAAUCUGCCUCCUCUUCUACAAGAACUAAAGAACUCCGGACUAUCCGCUCAUAUUCCCUUCAAUACUCUGUGUAUAUUACCUCAAAAUGAGGUUCUCUGUCUUGGAUGGAAAGACAAUAAUAUAGUAUUACUACUGUCUACAAUUCAUAUGCCAGACAGCUUUGUUGAACGUGUCAGGAAGCGCCCAGGAUUGAACUCAACUAAUGGCCCUCAGAUCCGGAGGAUAUUUGGAGACAAUUGGCAAAAAGCAGUGGAGAUUCCUACCAUCAUUGAUGAUUACAAUCAUAAUAUGAAUGGGAUUGACCUAGCAAAUCAGUAUAGAGCAUCCUAUGAGACUCAUAUGCCCACUAAUCGCACCUGGUUGACAAUUCUGUACUGGAUUAUUGAUCAUGCCAUUGUCAAUGCUUAUAUUCUUCAUCGACUGGCUACUACUGGCACUACUGGCACUACUGACACUACUAUAUCUCACAAUUCUCAAAUCCUCUACCUACUACUCGAUCAAAUCCGGAUCUAA